GGCCGGAAAAGUGCUGGCGAUGACAUGCCUUGUUGGGAACAGCAACGAAGCCGCCUCACCGCCCUAGUGGUGACCUAGCCUGGCACGAGCUCCACCAGCCAGCAGCAGCGACCAAGCAACCAUCGGGCCCAACUCGCACAUCUCGCGACAACCACCCCAACACCCUCGAAGCCUCUACCCACGAAUCCCUCACCAUGUCCGCCCAGAACUCCGCGGGCAUCCAGACGCUGCUCGACGCCGAGCGCGAGGCGCAGAAGAUCGUGCAGAAAGCCAGAGAAUACCGCACCAAGCGCGUAAAGGACGCCCGCAGCGAGGCCCAGAAGGAAAUCGAGGAGUACCGCCAGCAGAAGGAAGAGGAGUUCAAAGCGUUUGAGAAGGAGCACAGCAGCGGCAACGCCAAGGCCGAAGAAGAAGCCGACAAGGCCACGGACGAGAAACUGGGCGAGAUCAACGGCAUCGGCGCAGAGCAGGGCUCCAAGGUCGUCGACCAGCUGCUGACGGCUGUGACCGAGGUGCACCCGGAGCCGCCGUCGAAGAGGGACUAGGCGGAAGGAGCGCGCCGCCGCCGUUGCUCGUUUCCCGUUGUUGUUGUUGAAGGGUCCUCUGCAGUUAUUAUAUCGUUUGUGAAAUGCUCUGAUACGCGUUUAUGCUUGCUUGCUCUCUCUCUCUCUCUCUCUCUCUCUCUCUCUCUCUCUCUCUCUCUCUC